AGCUGAAACGAUGCCCCCUGCGCGCAGCUCCAAGGGCUUGGGUAGCAAGCAGGCCCGUCUCGGCCGAGGACCAGGGGUGGAAAAUGUGCAAGCGGACAAGGAGGAGAUUUCUCAGGCAAAACGAUCCCCCUCGUCACCCCAGGGGGCACCCAAGAAGCGAUCAGCCUUUGGCGAUAUCACCAACGCUCACAAGGCCCAGGGCUUUGCGGGGAGGAAGGAGCCCGAGAAGAUGAUUCCCAAAAAGGCCUCCAAGGGAUCCGCUGCGCUGAAUGUGGCCAAGAAGAAUGAGAUCAACCUGAAGAAGUCCCUGGACAAAGCACCCUCUGAGGAAAGUCCGGCUAAGCUGAGCCAUGUGGUCAAUGGUGGCCUCGGAGAGAAGCAGGUUGACCCACUGGUAGUGGUGGUGGCACCAGCAGGCCUGGUGGCUCCAGUUGAGGAUAUUGACAAGGGGCAGCUGGACGACCCCUAUGCCAAUGCCGAGUAUGCCAAGGACAUCUUCGAGUACAUGCAGGAGCGAGAGAAGAGCUUCCUGCUCCCGGAUUACAUGAAGAGCCAGCCUGACAUCACCAUGGACAUGCGGGCCAUCCUGGUGGACUGGAUGGUGGAGGUGCAGGAGAACUUUGAGCUCACCCACGAGACCCUCUAUUUGGCGGUCAAGCUGAUGGACCACUACCUGGUUAAGGUGGGGGCCAUGAGGGACAAGCUGCAGUUGAUUGGCUCCACCGCCAUCCUCAUUGCCUCCAAGUUUGAGGAGCGCUGCCCCCCCUGCGUGGAUGACUUCCUGUACAUCUGCGAUGAUGCCUACCAGCGGGAGGAGCUGCUGGCCAUGGAGAUGAGCAUUCUGCAGACCCUCCACUUUGACGUCAACAUCCCCAUUGCCUAUCGCUUCCUGCGGCGUUUUGCCAAGUGUGCCCGGGCUACAAUGGAGACCCUGACCUUGGCCCGUUUCCUCUGUGAGCUGACCCUGCAGGACUACACCUUUGUGCAGGAGGGGGCUUCCCGCCUGGCUGCCAGCUGCCUCCUGCUGGCUCUCAAGAUGAAGAACCUCAGUGGAUGGAGCCCAACGUUGGAGUAUUACAGUGGCUACCAAGUGCCGGACCUUCUCCCUCUGGUCAGGAGGCUCAACUACCUGCUGAUUUGCGGCCAGGAUGACCGGCUCAGGGCCGUGCGCAACAAAUACUCCCAUCGGGUCUUCUUCGAGGUGGCCAAGACGGAGCCAGUGAGCAUGCAGGCGCUGGAGGGCGCUUUGUGGAGCUAGCCCCGGGGCCAGGAUUUGCCCUGCCUGGACGCUGCAGCCAACCUACCCUGUAAAUAGAUGUUCAGCCUUUGAAGCCUGUA